AUGCCAUCGAGUAACCAUGAAGAGAGAUCAGAAACAGUGCAGGGGAAUGAAAUAAACAUUUGCACUGAUCCCUCCCAGACUCAUAGUAGCAGCACUAAUGAUACUACAAAUGAUAAAUUUACUAAUCCCCAUCACUUUCGAAAGGACAUUUCCCGUCUACUUGAGCAGAGUACAAUACAAGGAUUGACGCAUAUCUCAACAUCAUCAAACAAUCGUGCACGAUUAAUAUGGUUCACUUUAUGGUUAGCUGGUGUAGCCGGUUUCCUGACUAACCUUUCGCAUGUUGUAGCACAUUAUUUAUCACGACCAGUUUUGACCAGUUACCAUGAGGAUUAUGAAGAAUUUGUGUGGCCAGAUAUCACUUUCUGUAAUGCCAUGGCACCGUAUAAUUUAAAUACACAGGAAAGACGAGUACUGUGGAACCGCUAUGUCAAUCGGGCGAGAAAUCUUUCAACAAUGAAUCAUAUACCAAAAGAGUUAUUUUUCAGUGUUGCUGGAAUUACUACUAAUGAAGUUAUCAUGCAGUCACUAGUACGUUCAAGUAUACCUCAUUGGAGAUUCAAUGUUGGCAAUGUGAACGAUAUGUUUCUUUUUAUCGCUCGACAAGAUGGACAUCAAGGGAUACGACUGACAGUAGACAUGGAUGUGAAAUUAACUAGUAUGCCAAAACCAUGGGGAAAUUAUUUUUAUACACAAAUAUUACAAAAAUAUUAUAAUAUACCAUGUCACAAUUUUCAG